AUGUCUUCCCAGAACUCUAUCGUGUUGCUAAAACGGUACUUGGCUCUCAAAGAAGCUUCUCCAUUUGCUUUGAUAGUUGACUCCCUUGCACAAUCUGCCCAUUUUUUAAUCCAAGAGUUUAUACACAAGUCUGAAGCUCCAGUCAUACUACUCUCAUUCGAAACUGCCACUAAACCACCAUGGGCUUCACAUUUUAUUGAUUGCUCACAAGCUACAUUGUCUGUGAUUGCUGAUUUUGUCUCAACGAAGUCGUCAAGGUCUAAGAAAGUACUUGUCAUUGUCGACUCCCUCAACUAUUUACAUGCUGACAAGUUAACUGACUUCGUCUCUGGCAUCAUGCUGGCAUCUAACCUUGUUCUAGCAGUUUACCAUUCGGACUGCCCACAGUCACAAGCUCAAAAUUAUCCUUCGCCAUCAUCGUUGCUUAGCUACAUCGCGCUGGCUACCUUUCAGGUUGAGCCGGUGGCUAUAAGAGACGAAGAAGAGUUUGAUAAGUCUCUUACUCGUCUUAAUUUACCUAUAAACUCCGGGCUCAAUCUGUCUGUCUUUAAGUUAAACUUCUCGAGCAAAAGAAAAUCUGGAAAAUCGAUUCUGUAUCAGUUUAUUGUCAAUCUGGACACUCAUGUGUACGAGGUUUGCAAGCAAGAAGUCCAACUGCAGAUUUCCGAUGAUGAUGAUGUUCUCAGGGAUCUCACCACCUUCAACUUGAACACGAGUGAUAAGCAGAAGCUAGCAAAAGAGCAAGUAGAGCUUCCUUUCAUGGAAGCACAGGCGGAACUAGGGAAAAUGGGAGGAGCUAUUGUCUACCAAUUUGAGAAGGAUGAUGACUACGAUGAAGAAGAUCCUUACGAAGACCCAUUCUAG